AUGGCGUCUCCUGCGCCAGUGCAACAAAAAGUCCAAGAUGUAAUCAAGCACUAUCGCCCUGCUAGACAAUUCCCUGGAUCGGCACGCUCGGAUGGCGUGGAAAGCCGAGUGACCUCCCUCGACUUCGACGACAUGGGCGAAUUCCUAGUAGCAGCCUCUAAUGACGAGACAAUGCAUGUGUACGACAUCAAAGAAGGAAAGAGGACCAAAACAAUCCCCAGCAAGAAGUAUGGUAUUCAUCUAGCACGCUUCACCCAUCACCCACGAAACGUCUUGUUCGCAAGCACAAAACAAGACGAUUCGUUGCGAUUGCUGGAGUUGCAUAACGAAAGUUUUGUCCGAUACUUCUCUGCCCAUACCGCACAAGUUACAUGUAUAUCACUGUCUCCUGGAAGCGAUCAAUUUCUCUCGUGUGGCAACGACGAUAUGGUCUGCCUCUGGGACUUGAGCUCGAGGAGCCCACAAGGGAAAUUGAAGCUUGUUACACCCUAUCUUGCUGCCUACGAUCCAUCUGCCAACGUCAUGGCCAUCGCCUCCCAAUCCACUUCGUCCGUUCUUAUGUACGACGUUCGAAACUACGAUAAGGCACCUUUCGCAACCUUUGACCUUGCUGGAGCGGAGGACAGGUACACGCCAACAACAAAAGGCAGGGCGUGGACAAAGUUGGAGUUUUCAAAUGAUGGGAAAAGCAUGCUCGUUGGUACUGACUACCACGGCCAUUUCAUCCUUGACGCCUUUAAUGGCACUCUCAAAUCUUUCCUUGUGGGCAAAACAAGUGGGACGGGGCGAGCGGCACCGGUAUCUUCUUCAGGAAAGCCUCUAGGACAAGGAGAUGCCUGCUUUAGCCAAGAUGGAAGAUUUGUUAUUGGUGGGACUGGUGAUCAGCCUGAUCUUUUUGUCUGGGAUACCCAAGUGGCAACCGGUGAACAACAAGAACCAACGGCGAGGCUGGCCAGUCGGGGCAUCAAGAGUGCUGUUGUACAAUGCAAUCCCCGUCACAAUAUGUUGGCGACUGCGGAUACCAGAGUCUGUAUGUGGCUGCCGAGCGAGCAGAUCAAAAACCCCGAUCUGUGA